AGUCCCGACUCUCUUGACUCCUGAGCACGCACUCUCGCCGCCGCACUUCACCGCCACCGCCGCAGCACGAGCUCCCAGCGAUGUCAUGGCUCGCGCGCUCCAUCGCGGCCACCCUCUCGGCUCAAUCCGACGAUGACGACAGCGACGACCGCGAGGCCAGCCCCGGCGGCGACCAUAAGGACGAGCAGCUGGGCACCCCGGGCGGCGGCGGAGUCAAGGGCGACCUAUCGGAGCUGACCGACUCGCUCGCCCGCAGCCUCUGGGGCGUCGCCUCCUUCCUUGCACCGCCGCCUCCGCCCGCCGAAGCCGAGGAGACUUCGGCGGUGGCCGAGGGUGAUGAUGGGGAAGGGGCUCAGUCACCACGGAUCGCCGGGAUCCGGAGCGACCUGGCGGAGAUCGGGGGCAGGGUGAGGAGCGGCAUCUCGAUGCUCUCGAAUGCCAACGCCGUGGCUGAGAUCUCCAAGAUCGCCUCGUCCUUGCUGCCUUUCGGGCCCAGGGAGGAGGAAGACGACGGCGCCGAGGCUGUGGGUUUGACCGAGGAGGUGGUGGUGUUCGUGAGGCACAUCUCGGCCCAUCCCGAGACGUGGCUCGAUUUCCCCUUGUUCGACGACGACCGGCAUGCGGAUGAUUUUGAACUGUCAGACACACAAUAUGGACAUGCAUUGGCUAUAGAGCAUGUUGUUCCAAGCUUGUCAUAUCUCAGGACUGAGCUUUGCUCUACCAAUAUGAGUGAAGCAUGCUUUUGGAAGAUCUAUUUUGUGCUUCUUCACUCAAAACUCAGGAAGCAAGAUGCUGAACUACUUUCAACGCCACAAAUCUUGAAAGCAAGAGAACAAUUGCUGCAAAGUUCGCCGAAACAGAAAAGGCUAGGGUCUGAGGAACCUAAUGGUUCAUCACUAAACAUGAAUGUUCCCGCUACCGAAGGUGACAGCAAUGGAAUGUCUGAAGCACCUUCAUUCGAAGAACCAACUCCUGAACCGAUCUGUGUUAUUGAAGCUGACAAACAUCCUGUUUUAACCACUGAGGUGGAAAUAAUUGACAAGCCCGUAAUUGAAGAAGAGUUGGUUGUGAAAAAUGAGAUCAAGAGUAUACCCUCUGACUCUGAGAAGACUCUGCAUACCACCACGGAGGAUGAUGACAAAGAAGUGGAGGACUGGCUGAAGGAUGUGGAUCCUGUGUCCAGCAAAGCAGGCAACGUCAAUUCAGCAGGGCAGGAAGAAGAUAUAUCCUUCAGUGAUCUGGAGGAUGACGACGACGAUUGAGAUUGAGAGGCGGUACUGGUAAGCAAGCACGGACGGUACUAGUAGACGUGUUUACAUGACACAAAACACAAAGACAGUGGCUUCAUUCCAUGGAGAGCAUCCGCUGUUGCUUACGGUUACUGAUCAAACUCUGCAGCUGCAACGAAGGCAGGUAGGGACCGUGGUGUUACGGAGGGAAGGAUUCAUUCCAUGGCAAGUGAGCAUGUCUCUGGGGUUAGCGUUGUGUUGAUCCUAAUUUCAUCGUGAUGUGAAUGUAUUUAUCUUCGCUCCAUUUUUUGUACAUAGAUACAGCAUGCCACCGUGUGUAUAGCCACAGUCGCGUGCAGCACUCUCAUACGUACUACCUGACUCUGAAAAGUAAGAUAUCCACUCGCUUAUGCUGUCGGAUACUCGAUCGGAUGGGAAUGUAUUGCUAUGAAAGAUUUU